AUGGGACAGUCUUGUGGCAAAGAAAACGACAGUGUGUCACCGGAUAGACGAAGAUCGCCGGGUCCGUCGCCAGCGACACCUGGUUACGCCGGGUCGAGACGCGGUUUGCGACCGUCGUGGCCAGCAACGCCGACGCCGACGGUCGAAGAACCUCAAUACCGACAAAAGCUGCAACUGUACUGUCGUACCGGGUACAACAUUGCUGUAUUCGCUGACGGUACCGUUCGGGGUACUCGAGAACCCUUCCUGCCACAUGCCAAGAUGGAGUUGAUAGUUAUCGCUCACGUGAGUGAUAUGCAGUUCCGAGGCCUGGAAACCGGACUCUACCUCGCCAUGGACAAAAAGGGACGAUUGUACGGAGAAGCGAACCCGAAUGAUGAAGCCACGGUUUGGGUAGAGGUUUUACACGGCGUCUACAACUGUUACCUGUCGCGGAAAUACGCUCAUCUCGGAUGGUAUUUGGCAGUGAAGAAAAAUGGCAAGCCAAAACGUGCCACGAAAGCUUGGUGGGGCCAGAAGGCGAUUCAGUUCCUUCCUCGCCCGUCGUCGCCAAUUUGAUGAGCAUUCGUCUCAGGAAAACAACAACGAAGUGAAUCCAAAGAAUCGCAGAUUUUUAUUUCUCGGCUUUUUACAUUCGCUUUCAUGCUAUUCACGACCAUCGAUCUUCUUUCGAUAAAAAAAAGAAAAUUAGCAGAUUUUUUUUUUCGACUGGAACGAGAAUCCGGAUCCAAAAUGUUGUCCCUUAUUAUUUUAUGAUGUAAUCAGAGUCUAUGAGCUAUUUAGAAACUGCAGAGAGGGAAAUUCAAAUGUUCUCUCGUCAUUUCCCAAUAAUGAAUCUUUCAAAAAUAAUAUAUUGUGUCAUCUAGUCGAGCUGAGAAAAAGCGACGUUGGUUUCGUGUUCCAUGAAUUUUUGAAAUCGAUCGAGAAAAAAAAAACUAUACUGCCAGGAAUGUCCUUUUUAUGAAUUUUACGGCGAUUGAUUUGCUUUUCUUUAGAGCUUUGCUGCUUUAAUCAGUUAUCCUGAAUGUAAGACGGUUGAUGUUGAAUGUGUUUGGAGGGUUUUUUCAUUAUCGAAUCGACGAGUGAUUGAAAAAAAAAUUAUUGUGCACGUGGCCAAUGAAGGAUGUACGCGUUGAUAUGAAAUAUAUGAUCUUGUUAUAAGAACA